CCCCACGGGCUGUGAGGAAGCGCAAAGGGGCGUGGGCAGCGGCUCGGACGUGCAGGCGCGUACCGCUCUUCCCCGGGCAGCAUGGCGGAUACAGCGCCUCAACUCAAGAGAAAGCGCGAACCCGAGGCAGAGGAGGCAGAAGCCGCCAGCACAGACGAGAAGGAAGCAGGCGUCGGCAAUGGUGCCUCUGCCCCUGUCCGCUUACCGUUCUCCGGCUUUAGAGUACAAAAAGUACUGAGGGAGUCUGCGCGGGACAAGAUCAUUUUCCUGCAUGGGAAGGUGAAUGAGGACUCCGGGGAUACACAUGGAGAAGAUGCUGUUGUGAUCCUGGAGAAGACACCAUUUCACGUAGAACACGCGACCCAGCUCCUAACGGGGAACCCUGAGCUCAAGUUGCAAUUCUCCAAUGAUAUCUAUAGCACCUAUAACCUGUUUCCUCCAAGGCAUCUGAAUGAUAUAAAGACAACUGUGGUGUACCCUGCCACAGAGAAACACCUACAGAAAUACAUGCGUCAGGACCUCCGUCUGAUCCGAGAAACUGGAGAUGACUACAGGAACAUCACUCUACCUCACCUGGAGUCCCAGAGCCUCAGCAUCCAGUGGGUGUAUAAUAUUCUUGACAAGAAGGCUGAAGCUGACCGAAUUGUUUUUGAGAACCCGGACCCUUCUGAUGGCUUUGUCCUCAUCCCAGACCUCAAGUGGAACCAGCAGCAGCUUGAUGACCUGUACUUGAUCGCCAUCUGCCAUCGCCGGGGUAUCCGAUCCCUUCGGGACCUCACUCCAGAGCACCUGCCGCUACUAAGGAACAUUCUACGGGAAGGACAAGAAGCCAUCCUGAAGCGCUACCAGGUGACAGGAGACCGCCUGCGCGUGUACCUACACUACCUGCCCUCUUACUAUCACCUGCACGUGCACUUUACUGCCCUGGGCUUCGAGGCCCCCGGCUCAGGUGUGGAGCGGGCACACCUGCUGGCUGAAGUGAUUGAGAACCUGGAGUGUGACCCCAAGCACUACCAACGGCGCACUCUUACUUUCGCACUUAGGACCGAUGACCCGCUGCUCCAGCUCCUGCAAGGAGGCCCAGCAAACCAGAGUUGCUGAGAGUGCCUGAAGAGAGGGAACUUGUGGGCUGGGCUUGGGUAGUGUGGGCUAGGUUUUUAUCUCUGAGGGAUUUUCCUACAAUAUAUUUUAUAGUUUCUUGACCUUUUAGCAAAGGUCAAGUGUAAGAUGUAUUUUGUACUGUUCUAUUCCUCACACGAGAAUAAAGUACUUUCUUAUUGGUGA